AUGAAGAGAAGAUUACGCAGCAUAAUAAUAAUAUUAAUACAGUUGUGCAUUAGAGAUAAUGGCGUACUAUCCAAGGAGGUUGUGAGUGUCGCAAAUUCAGCAAUACAGGAGAGCUGCACAACAAUGCAUACGCAACCUAAACACCAGGAGAACACCGAUAUCAAGGAAAACAAUCAGGAAUCACGCAAACCCAAUGUUGGAAAAGAAUUAUAUCAGAACUCAGACGACUCGAGGCAUAUACCGAAAACACAAGGACAAGGAGGAUACUGUAUCGGAAACAAUGAAGGACACACAGACUCGUCUGAGGCUGCCCGAAUAAGUAGUGAUAUAGCCACUCACCUAAGAGAAAUACAACACAUAAGAAGAAUAAAGCAGGCAAUAGAAGUAAUGGAGGACCGCGAUACUCGGAUUGAAAAAGCAGUGGAACGGUGCGAGGAAGUAGCAGAACAAGCCAUGAACAAAGCAAUUCACUACUGGAAAAUAGCAGGAGACGCGGACAGAACAGCUUCCAUACCGGAAAUAUCUAAGAUCCGUGAUAUGAUAAGAGUACAUGUGAAGCAGGCAACUAAUGAGGCGAGAAAACAGGAGAGCAUUACAAAGGUCGCAGCGAUAAUUGCAUCAGAUAUCCUGGCGUUCUAUAAGGCGAUGAGAACAGCGAAGUGGGCGUAUAAAUUAGCCGAGAUUACGAAUAACAGAAUUAUACAAUUAUGCGUAAAAUAUAAAAGGAACAGGAAGCCCAUCCCAAGGAAUUUAGUUAACAAACGGAAUCUACCCCAAGGAGUCGGCAUAACCCCUGGACGGGCGCGUUCAAGGUCCUCGACGAAACCUGAAACAGCACCUAAAGGAGAAUGGAAGAGACUUCUGAGAGAGACCAAGUCUGGCCUCGAGAAACUGAAGGUUCUAUUGCUGUAUGAGGCCGACGAAUGGAAUGGAUUGAAGAAACCAUUACCAGAAAUAUACCUAGGGAAAGAAGAGGGAAAGAGACUCCUUAGCCUUAAGGAUACCGUAAAGAAAGCAGAGACACAGGCAUUAGAGUAUACAGCACAGGCGGCAUAUCUGUUAGCUGAAGAAGCGACGAUAGAGGCAGAAAUGAAGAGGGAAGAAGGAGAGCGUCUGACAAGAGAUAUUGAAGCAUCAGAAGCAGAUGAAGAGAAAAAAGCAAUAGCAAGGGCUGCCGUGAGAGACAUUAAGAAUGGGGUAGAGGCUUGUAAUGACUUACUAGAUGACGCCAGGGGGGCAUUAGAAGAAACAGGGAAAUUGGAAGAAUUGGAAGGAAAAAGGGAACAGUGUUCAAGGACCAUAAGAGAUGCAGAAUUGGCUUUAGCAGCAAAGGAGAAAGCCGUGUUUGAAUUAUUGAGAAUAAAAGGACAAGAAUUCUUAGAGCCGCAGCAUAUAUCAUUAGAGGGCGAGAGGGAGCGGAUAAUGCAAGAUGACAGGGUUGUUGAAGAAAUAGAAGAGAAGGACACGGAACAGAAGGCUGUAUUAUCGCCACACACAGCAUUGAGGUGCGACCAAGGACAACAGCAGGAGGCUCUCGAAGAAGUUGACGAAAACUUGAUAGAAAAUAUGAGGGGCCCGGAAAAGCAGGAAUAUGAUAAGGAUAUGAAUGAAGGAGUAGAGAAGUCUCAGAAAUGGGACUUAAUGAGAGAAGAAGUCUAUGACUUGAUACACGAAACCUUAUAG